ACACAACCCGUAAACCACGUGAGGGUGAAGAGGAUGGAGUACACUACCACUACACCUCAGUCGAGAGUAUGAAGGCCGAGAUUGCGAAAAACACCUUUGUUGAGCAUGCUAUCUUCUCUGGUAACCAUUAUGGCACCAGCUUCAACUCUGUGCGAAAGGUCAUUGAUAGCGGAAAG